AUGAAGGAUGGAAUAAGAUUGACAGCAAAAAGGAAAACAUUAGUGGAAUUAAAUGAAAAUUCGCCAACAAGGAAAAGAUCUAAAAGAGUGUCAGAUGGAAUGAAUGAGGAAAAUGAACAGAAAAAUAGGUUAACAAAAGCAUCGGGAGUGACGAAUGUAGGAGGUAACAAGGGAAUGGGAGUGGCAUCGGGAAGUAGUGGUGGGAACACGGAGGAUAGCAGUAAAAGAGAAGAGGAGAAGGUGGACAAGACGAAGCUGUUGUCGCUGUUCACAGACUGCAUGACGGCACUCUCGUCAAACAAAAUAUGCUCAUGGAACGCAUUCGACAUAGGAAUCAUAGACCACAUGGACGACCUGGUGACACUAAAGAAUGAACAGGUGGAGGAGGAGGACAUAGGAGAAAUUAAAAGGAAAGUGAAUGGAAAACAAAACAGAAUAAACGCAAUAAAAAUAACAAUUGAUGUAGAUGUGUGCUUCUCAACAGCAUCGAAGGUGGUGGAAGGAGCAAGUAAAGUGUACGGAUACAGAGUGGAGGCAGUGUACGAUAAGACGUUCAACGUGCUGAUGAACAUACAGACGACGGAAAAGGAACAGAAGAAGCAGAGAACAGGAAAGAAAAAAAUAUACGAGUUCACAGGAGGGAACACACUGUCGCCAGAAAGUGAAGUGACGCUGUCGGAGCUGCCAGUGGAGGCGAUACUGAUGGACCCGUUUUUCCUGAAAAUAUCGUCACUCUUCGACCAGUCAGGACCACAAGGACUGCUGUUGGUGAAUCUGUUGGUAAACAAUAACCUGCAGCUGUCACUAUCGAGUACAGCAAGCACAGUGGAAAGUGAAGAGUUGAGAGAUAAAAGUGGUGGUAUUAGUGGUACUGGUAAUAGUGGUAUUAGUGGUAGUGGUGGCAGUAGUAGUCAAGGAUUAACGGCAAAUGACUUGACAUUGGCAAUUAGUGGUUGUAGUAGCAGUAGGGAUGCUACUAAUAGAAUUAGCAGUAUUGGUAGAGGUUACAACGAUGGCGAAGAUGACAAUAGCUAUGACAGCAUAAACUACAAUGGUGGGAAUACGAAGUUGAACAGGAGUCUGUUGAGUCAAAUAGUAGGUGGCUACAGUGAUAUGGAAAUACUGCCAGAACUGAGUAAAUACAUGAGGAAGCUGUCGCCGGAGAUGCUGCCGAGGCACCUGCAGGAGGAGUUGACAGACCUGCCGGCAGAAUUGAUACCGAACCUGACGCAGGAAAAGUUGGCAAUAAGUGACCAGGGGCAGCACGCACUGGAAGAUGAUCCAGCGGUAGAUAUACAGCUAGAAGAAGGAGAGUCGAUGCAUCCGUACAGCCAGGACAUGGAAUCGAAUGAAGAUGCACUGGAUGUAUUGCAGCAAACGCAAGAGUCCACGACGGGGCUCAAGAGUCUCACAAUUGGAGGAGUUGGAGGAACAGGGCUGGGACUAUCAGGAUCAGGGGCGAGUGCGAGUGAAAGGGGGUUGAAAAACAGAACGGCAAAGGUGAAGGCGGAGAAGGUGACGAUAGAAAAGUACAUAUACACGAGGAACCUGAACGAGGAACUGGACUCAAUAGAACUGCUGGCGCACUACGUAGCAGCAACGAAGACGACAAACGCAGGGCUGAACGGUGAUCCUUCGAGAGGCACGAGCGCCCUUGGUGGCAGCGGCACGGUGUUGGAAAGCAGCAUGGACCAGCUGACGCACCAGCUGAGCCACCUGAACAGCAUCAGGCACAGCGUCCUGGGAAGCAGGAGGACGAGCAUAGGCGGCGACCUUGGGGACAUGGACCCGGUGGGCGACGGCUUCGACUACGAGAUGAGCCAGCAGAUGGACGAGCAGAGCAACUUCGUAGACGUGCUGAAGCUGAAGACGUACAUCCUGGAGGACGGCGGGAGCACGGACGUCAGGUUCAACGGACUGGUGGACUACAUAUACAGGAGGGUCAACAAAAACGUGAUCAGCAUACACAUCCUCUUCGUGUGCCUGCUCCACGUCUGCAACGAGUCUAACCUGCGUCUGGAGCCACUCGACCAGGGCAAAGACGGGAGGACGCCGAGAACGGGAAGGGAAGGCGGAGAUGCCUUGGUCAUUGUGCCUAACACGCAGGAAUUGAGUAACAGUUCGGCGAAUAACGACUUCAGAAUAAAGUUCGACUCUUUUAAUCCAUAA